ACCGGGCGCAGCGGCCCUCGCCACUCAGGGCUCCGCGCCACCGCCGCCGCCGUUCUCCAGCCCCCGCCGCCCGCUUUCGGUGCGCGCCGGCUCCGUCGCCGCGUCCCAAAUCCCUGAGCCCUGAAUGCCACCAUGCAUUCGCUCUUCAGGAAGAGAAACAAAGGCAAAUACAGCCCGACCGUGCAGACACGGAGCAUCUCCAACAAAGAACUCUCAGAGCUCAUCGAGCAGCUGCAGAAAAAUGCUGACCAGGUGGAGAGGAACAUCGUGGAGACAGAGGCCAAGAUGCAGAGUGACUUGGCCAAGCUUCAGGAGGGGCGACCCCCUGAGCACCAGGAUGUGGCCCUGCAGAAGGUAUCAGACUCUGAGAAGUUGCUGUAUGUACUGGAGGCAGACGCAGCCAUCGCCAAGCACAUGAAGCAUCCACAGGGGGACAUGAUCGCUGAGGACAUCCGCCAGCUGAAGGAGCGUGUGACCAACCUGCGUCGGAAACACAAGCAGAUGUACAGCCUGGCAGUGAAGGAGGCAGAUCCAAAGGUCAACUGGGCUGCACUGGUGGAGGAAAAGCUGGACAAGCUGAGUAACCAGGCCUUUGGGACAGACUUGCCACUGGUGGACAGCCAGGUGGAACAACACAAUAUCUUCCACAAUGAGGUCAAAGCCAUCGGGCCCCACCUGGCCAAGGAUGGGGACAAGGAACAGAACAGUGAACUCCAGGCCAAGUACCAGAAGCUGCUGGCAGCAUCACAGGCUCGGCAGCAGGACCUGAGCUCACUGCAGGACUACAUGCAGCGCUGCACCAACGAGCUGUACUGGCUGGACCAGCAGGCCAAGGGCCGCAUGCAGUAUGACUGGAGCGACCGCAACCUUGACUACCACAGCCGCCGGCGCCAAUACGAGAAUUUCAUUAACCGGAACCUGGAGGCCAAAGAAGAGAGAAUCAACAAACUGCACAGCGAAGGUGACCAGUUGCUGGCUGCUGAGCACCCAGGGAGGAACUCCAUUGAGGCACACAUGGAGGCUGUGCACGCAGACUGGAAGGAGUACCUGAAUCUGCUCAUCUGCGAGGAGAGCCACCUGAAGUACAUGGAGGACUACCAUCAGUUUCACAAAGACAUGAAGGAUGCCCAGGAGUUGCUACGCAAGGUGGACUCAGACCUGAACCAGAAAUACAGCCCUGACUUCAAGGACCGGUACCAGAUUGAGCUGUUGCUGCGGGAGCUAGACGACCAGGAGAAAGCUCUGGACAAGUAUGAAGAUGUGGUACGGGGGCUGCAGAGGCGGGGGCAACAGGUGGUGCCACUCAAGUACCGCCGUGAGACACCGCUCAAGCCUAUCCCUGUGGAGGCCCUCUGUGACUUUGAGAGUGACCAGGGCCUGAUCUCUCGGGGGUAUAGCUACACCCUACAGAAGAACAAUGGGGAGAGCUGGGAACUAACGGACAGCACCGGGAACAAGCUGAUAGCCCCAGCUGUCUGCUUCAUCAUCCCCCCAACUGACCCUGAGGCCCUGGCUCUUGCUGACAGCCUGGGCAACCAGUACCGGAGUGUACGGCAGAAGGCAGCUGGCAGCAAGCGUGCGCUCCAGCAGCGGCACGAAGUGCUAAGGACAGAGAACCCAGGAGAUGCCUCUGACCUGCAGGGACGGCAGUUGCUGGCUAGCUUAGACAAAGUGGCCAGUGACUUGGACCAACAGGAGAAGGCCAUCACAGGGAUCCUACGGCCACCACUAGAGCAGGGACGGGCGGUGCAGGACAGUGCUGAGCGGGCUAAAGACCUCAAGAACAUUACCAAUGAGCUGCUACGGAUCGAGCCGGAGAAGACUCGGAGAACAGCUGAAUGUGAAGCCUUUAUGCAAGCCCUUCCAGGCAGUGGCACCACACCCUUGCUGAGGACUCGGGUGGAGGACACCAACCAGAAAUACGAGCGCUUGGUGCAGCUGCUGGAUGCAGCCCAGGAGAAGGUGGAUGUGGCCAAUCGCCUGGAGAAGAAUCUACAGCAGGGCAGGGAGUUGCUGGCUUUGCAUGAGAACCGGCUGACCCAGGAUGACACGAUGCCCGAGAGUGGCCACAUCCUGGACAGCAAGAGGCAGGAGCUGGAGGCCAUGGCUUCUGAGCUGCAAGCCCAGAAGUCCCUCCUGGGUGAGGUGGAACAGAACCUGCAGGUGGCCAAGCAGUGCUCAAGCUCAAUGGCCAGCCGAUUCCAGGAACACUGCCCUGAUCUGGAGCGCCAGGAGGCCGAGGUGCACAAGCUGAGCCAGCGCUUUGACAACCUGAGUCAGCAGGUGGAGCACAGAGCCCUGAGGCCUGAGUGGCUUUGUCCCUUCAGGGCCCAGAGCCUGCAGAGCGCCAGGGCUGCCUAUGAUGAGUACCGCCGUGGUUAUGACUAUGUGCUCCAGUUCUUGGCCAACACACCCAAUUACGAGCCCCAGGAGACAGAUAGCCUCAACCGGGUGGAGACCAAACUAAAGAACCAGAAGAACCUGCUUGAUGAGAUAGCAAGUAGGGAACAGGAAGUACAGAAGGUCUACAAGGAUUCCCAGCAAUACCAGCAAGCUGUGAAGGACUAUGAGCUUGAAGCAGAGAAGCUAAGGUCCUUGCUGGACCUGGAGAAUGGAAGGAACAGUCAUGUGAACAAGAGAGCCAGGCUGCAGUCUCCUGCUGCCAAGGUGAAGGAAGAGGAAGCUGCUCUUGCUGCCAAGUUCACAGAAGUUAAUGCCGUCAACAGACAGAGGCUGCAGAACCUGGAGUUUGCGCUGAAUCUCCUGAGACAGCAGCCAGAAGCAGGAGUGACCCAUGAGACCCUGCAAGGGAGCAAGCUGGGCUCUGAUGUGGAAGAGACUUGGAAGAUUAAGAAGGAACUGGAGGAAGAGAUGGAGCGAAGGCAGCAGCUGGAAAACGAGGUCAAGAGUGCCCGGGAAGAAAUCCGGACCCUGCAGGAUCAGGGGCCUCAGGAGUCGCUGGUGAGGAAGGAGGUGCUGAAGAAGGUGCCAGACCCUGCACUGGAGAAGAGCUUCCAGCUGCUAAAACAGACCCUAGCUGAUGAGCAACACAAGAACCAGCUGCUGCAGGAAGAGUUGGGGGCACUGCAGCUCCAGCUAAGAGUCCUGGAGCAGGAGACAAGGGACGGAGGGCAGGAGUAUGUGGUCAAGGAAGUCCUGCGCAUCGAGCCAGACAGAGCCCAGGAGGACGAGGUGCUGCAGCUUCAGGAGGAGCUGGAGGCACUGCGGAGGCAGAAGGGUGCCCGGGAGGCCGAGGUACUCCUCCUGCAGCAGCGUGUGGCUUCUCUGGCUGCAGAGAAGAGCAGGGCCCAGGAGAAAGUCACAGAGAGGGAGGUGGUAAAGCUUCAGAAUGACCCCCAGCUGGAGGCAGAAUACCGGCAGCUACAGGAGGAGUACCAGCAGGAGGGCACACUCCGGGAGAAGCAGGAAGAGGAGCUGAACUUCCUGCAGACCAAGCUCAGGAGGCUGGAGAAGGAGCGGGCCAUGGCUGAGGGCAAGAUCAUGGUCAAGGAGGUGCUCAAAGUAGAGAAGGAUGCAGCCAUGGAGAGGGAGGUCAGUGACCUCACUCGCCAGUAUGAGGAUGAGACUGCCAAGGCACGCAAUGGCCAGCGGGAGAAGACAGAACUGCUCCGAAAGAUAUGGACCCUGGAGGAAGAGAAUGCCAAGGUGAUGGUGCAGGAGAAGGUCCGGGAGAUCGUGCGGCCAGACCCAAAGGUGGAGAGUGAAGUGGCCAACCUCCGUCUGGAGCUGGUAGAGCAGGAGCGCAAGUUCAGGGGUGCUGAGGAGCAGCUCAAGAGCUAUCAGAGUGAGCUGGAGAAUCUGCGAAAGCGCGGGCCACAGGUGGAAGUGAAAGAGGUGACCAAAGAGGUCAUUAAGUACACGACUGACCCCGAGACCGAGCAGGAGCUCCAGCGGCUCAGGGAGGAGAUCAUGGACAAGACCAGACUGAUUGAAAGGUGUGACCUAGAGAUCUACCAGCUGAAGCAGGAGAUCCAGGCCCUGAAGGAUGCCAAGCCACAGGUCCAGACCAGAGAGGUGGUCCAAGAGAUCCUGCAGUUCCAGGAAGACCCCCAAACCAAGGAGGAGGUGGAGUCUCUGCGUGCAAAGCUGUCGGAAGAGCAGAAGAAGCAGGUGGACCUGGAAGGGGAGCGAGUGUCCCAAGAAGAGAAGAUCCAACACAAGGAGGAGGAGCUGGCACAAGGCAAGGAGAGGGUCAUUCACCAGGAGGUGGUGCAGUACGAGGAGGAGCCAUACCUGCGUGCCGAAGUGAUUGCCUUCACAGACAGCAUUGAUGCAGAGCUGAGGCAGAUUGACAAGCUGCGUGCAGAACUUCGGAGGCUGCAGUGCCGGCGGGCAGAGUUGGAGAGGCAGCUGGAAGAGCUGGAGCAAGAGCGGCAGGCACGCAGGGCAGCUGAGCUGGAGGUGCAACGGCUACAGCAGCGGCUGGCUGCACUGGAGCAGGAAGAGGACAAGACUGGUGAGAAGGUGACUCACACACAGAAGGUGGUGCUGCAGCAGGACCCACAGCAGGCCAGGGAGCAUGCCCUACUCCAAGUCCAGCUGGAGGAAGAGCGGCACCGGCGGCAGCUACUAGAGGGUGAACUCGAGCCCCUGCGCAGGAAGCUAGCUACCCUGGAGAAGGCGGAGGUCAAGGAGAAGGUGGUCUUCUCUGAGAGCAUCCAAGUGGAGAAGGGUGACACUGAACAAGAGAUCCAGCGACUCAAGAAGAGCCUGGAGGAAGAGAGUCGGAACAAGAGGGGACUGGAUGCUGAGGUGACCCGGCUGGAAACCAAAUUAUCUGAGCUAGAAUUCUACAAUUCCAAGUCAUCCAAGGAGCUGGACUUUCUGAGGGAAGAAAACCACAAACUGCAGCUGGAGCGGCAAAAUCUGCAGCUGGAGACCCGGAGGCUCCAAUCGGAGAUUGAAAUGGCAGCGACAGAAACACGAGACCUGCGGAACAUGACCACUGUGGACUCUGGAACCCACAUCAACUCCAGACUGUGGUCUCUGGAGAAGGAACUGGAUGACCUGAAGAGGAUGUCCAAGGAUAAGGAUCUGGAGAUUGAUGAGCUGCAGAGACGCCUGGGCUCCGUGGCUGUCAAGAGGGAGCAGAGGGAGAACCACCUGAGGCGUUCCAUUGUGGUCAUUGACCCCGACACGGGCCGGGAGCUGUCCCCAGAAGAGGCCCGCCGGGCUGGGCUCAUCGACUGGAACAUGUUUGUGAAGCUAAGAAGUCAGGAGUGUGACUGGGAGGAGAUAUCAGUGAAGGGCCCCAAUGGGGAAUCGUCAGUAAUCCAUGACAGGAAGUCUGGCAAGAAGUUCUCUAUUGAGGAAGCCCUGAAGAGCGGCAGGCUGACCCCUGCCCACUAUGAUCGCUAUGUCAACAAGGAUAUGUCCAUUCAGGAGCUAGCAGUUUUGGUGUCUGGGCAAAAGUAGGCCUGACUCUUCUGUCUGGCUCUUUUUGGAGGUGGAUGGUUGUCUUGCUCCUACCAAGUGACCUCCUGGGUGUCUUCUGCUCUCCAGCCCUCAUGCAGGCUUCUGACCUGGGUGCUUUAUCCAUGCUCUGUCAGGCUGUUUACAAUGGCAGCUCACAUGCUAAUGGGAUAGGUACUGGCUAGAUGGGCAACUCUCAGCCUCAUUCAGCCUGGGUGAGUCCCUUGCUCCCACCUCUGAUGAUCUGAUAACCUCAGUGCAUUCUGUUUCUCUCUUUCCCAUACACUCUCAUCAACAGUGUGAUUCCCCAGAAACUACAGCACAAGAGGACAUGGCUGACAUGCUUAUCAAGACAGCAUGGACCUUAGCACAAUCACAUGGUGAAGUCAAGGGCCAGUCUCCUUUCUGCCUGUCUCUACUCAUCAAAGAAGUAGACUGUCAAAGCUGCCAACCUGCCUUCUCAACCCUCCAGCUUUCUGGCUGAGAUCCAAGUCUCCAUCGGCAGUACCCCUUAGUAGCUAUUCUGCCCAUGAAACAGACUGGAGCUAUGCUAGAAAAGGUGCCCUGAACCCACAACACCUGGUUCUUGGUACUAGAGCAGCCAUGCUGUGCCAGGAAGACAGGCAUCAGCAAUUGUUUCCUGGUUCUGAAAUGCAAAUUGUAGUAGGAUGGUGUUGUGUUAGCCUUAGUUUCAGCACCUUACAAGUCUUGCUCAUUAUCUCACUGGUAUUUAGAUAUAUGAAAGUUGAUUAUUCAGCAAGCGAAUUCCUGGUUCUCUGUAUCUCAUGUAUUAUGUAAGAAAAUGGGAAAUGAUAGGAAACUUAUUUAUGGCAUGAAAAUAAAAACCUGGUGGCUUGAUUCUAACUCAUGGCAAGGGUCACUCUACA